UAGUGUUAUAGUUAUGAGUAGAUAUAUAGACUGAAACGAGAGCGAUACAUCAUACAUCACAACUGAGACUUUCUACGCACAGGAGAGAGCGAGGCGCUUCGGAAACUGCGCGUCAUCGAGAUUUCAGGUGAAAUAUACAAUUGUUCUAACAGUCUGCUCUCAGUUUUGUUUGAAGGAAUGAGUUUCACUGGCUCUUCUGUAGCUUCUGCUGGUAGAACUGCUGGAAGGUCAUUCAACUUUGGACGGACUUAUGUGGUGAAGCCCAAAGGUAAACACCAGGCAACUAUUGUUUGGUUGCAUGGCCUUGGAGACAAUGGCUCUAGCUGGUCCAGUCUUUUAGAGACUCUUCCUCUUCCAAAUAUUAAAUGGAUCUGUCCAACGGCCCCUCAGCGGCCAAUAACUUUAUUUGGAGGCUUCCCUUCAACUGCCUGGUUUGAUGUGAAUGAGCUUUCCGAAAAUGCAAUUGAUGAUGUAGAGGGCCUGGAUGCUUCAGCGGCAUAUGUGGCAAGCUUGUUGGCUACUGAGCCUUCUGAAAUCAAACUUGGUGUCGGAGGCUUUAGCAUGGGUGCUGCAACCUCCCUUUACUCUGCAACUUGUUUCACGCAUGGGAAGUAUGAGAAUGGAAACUCGUACCCUGCCAACUUAAGUGCAGUUGUUGGAUUAAGUGGCUGGCUUCCUUGUGCAAAGACUUUAAGCAACAAAAUGGCAGGGGUAGAGGAGGCUGCAAGGCGGGCUGCUUCACUGCCUAUCCUGCUUUGUCACGGCAAAGGAGAUGAUGUCGUUCCAUACACGUUUGGCGAGAAGUCAUCCCAAAAGUUGAUUUCAUCCGGAUUUCCAGAUGUCGCAUUCAAAUCAUACACAGCCCUCGGUCACUACACUAUCCCAGAGGAGAUGGAUGAAGUUUGUGCAUGGUUAACCUCCAAGCUCGGGCUCGAUGGGAAAUAGUUAUCUUCCCAUUUUGUUAAUUUUGAUUGUUGCUCAAAGGGCACUAUGGUGAUAUGAAGGUUGCAAAAUUGCUUUGUUUUUUGUUUUUUUUUUUUCAUCUUUUUUAAUGGAUUGUAUUUGACAAGUAUUCCAUCCAGAAGGUUGUAGCUUUACUCAUAUUGUAUGAAUUUAUGGACCUUUAAAUUAUCUCUUUAUUGGCUUGGGGGAAGUAAACAGUGCUAUUUGGUAAUUUCCACU